CAUCUGUAGAAGUGACUGUCUUGCCUUGGACCUGACAUCGACCCCUAACAUUGCCUCAAGACAUUCGACUUUCACCAGUUUCAAAUCUCGAAUACCCAAUUCUCACAAUGAAGGGUGCUGUUCUUUCCGUCCUGGCCAGCGGUGCCGCUGCUCAGAUCACAUCGAUGCCCUUUGCUGCCCUCGGUCUGGGUCCUCAUGUCUUCCAGAACAACGCCAUCAACCCUAGCGACCCCGAAUACUCGACCUGCCAGCAAGCUGUUGGAAUUGUCCAGGACUGUGUUUCUUCUGUUGGUGGUCUCGACGCUGCUGCGACUGCUGAUCCUUCAGCCCUCGUUGCUUGCGCAUGCUGUGAUGGACGCAGUAACGCUGCUCCUCUUUACUCAGUCUGCUCCAACUACCUCGAGGAUGAGGCUCCCGAGAACACCUCUCAAUACGAAGCUUAUGGCACUCUGUACAGCGCUUGCAGAUUGAACGCCAGAUGUACCGGCGGUUCUGGUGGUUCUGCCAGCGAUAGCCGUCCUACAGCAACUUCAGAUGAUGAAGAUCUCUCUACCAUUACCUCUGCCACCAGCCCUGCUGAGCAGACAUACGCUGCAGCCUGUUUAUACAUGCUCGAUAUCUUCACUUCUUGCACAGCUGAGGAUCGCCAAUUCACUGAGCUUCCUCCCAGAGAGCAGGCCGAGUGCUACUGCUGCCGUGGAUCUGGUUCCCGCCGAACCUGGACCGAUGAGCUCGACAAGUAUGCUUCCACUUGUGCUGACUGGGCGCGAACAGGCGAGCCCAAGACCGCCUACUCUGUCGCCAAGAACCUUGCUACUUUCUGCGACCGCUUCGACGACGUAUGCUCCCCCUCUGUCACCCGCACUCAAGACUCUGGGUCCAGCGAGACCGACGAGGCCAACACCACCGAGGACUCCGGUUCUCGCCAGACUGGCGCCUCUGACAACGAUGCCUCCACUAGCGAACAGAACAUGGGCCCCGUCACAGUCACUGUUCCUGCUCAGCCUUCCAGCACCGACAGCGGUAACAGCGCUUCUUCAGCUCGUGUUGGCUUCGGUGCUGUCCUCGCUGCCGUUGCUGCUCUGACUAUUGCUCUGUAAGAGCUCUUAUGACGAUUGAACCGAGAAGCGAUGGAGUUUAUUAAUGAGUUUCCGUUUCCGGGAAGACGUGGUGGAUCUAACGACUUAUCCGGGUUAUUUAAUGAAAUGCUGUAGGGAAACUCGUGAACAAUGCGCAGUCUUAUCAGGAUAUCCUUGUUGGCAUUUGAAG